AGAGACAGAGGGAGUCUAUGAGCCUCCUCCCAGCAAUAUCUAACAUUGGGGGGAUCCUAAUCCUCAAGACCCUACUACAUCUUUCUUUUGGGGGAAUAAUGGAUCCUUGUUCUCCUGCAAGCCCUGAUCCGGCUGUGGAAACAGAAAUCAGCAAGCAGGCUCCCCAGCCCAGGGACCCCCAGGAACCUGCAAGAAGAGGGGAUCACCCAGCAGCUGCAGGAAAGCACAACUACCCUAUAACCACCACCAACAGAGGUCUGUCCAUAACCAAGAAGACCCACACAUCUCAAAUUGAAAUUAUUCCGUGCAAAAUCUGUGGGGACAAAUCAUCAGGGAUCCAUUACGGGGUCAUCACCUGCGAGGGUUGUAAGGGUUUCUUCAGACGGAGCCAACAAAGUAAUGCUACAUACUCGUGUCCACGACAAAAGAAUUGUUUGAUCGAUAGGACAAGUAGGAAUCGCUGUCAGCACUGCCGGCUGCAGAAAUGCCUUGCUGUGGGAAUGUCACGGGACGCUGUAAAAUUUGGCCGCAUGUCCAAGAAGCAGAGGGAUAGCCUGUAUGCUGAGGUGCAGAAACAUCGCAUGCAGCAGCAGCGGGACCACCAACAACAGCCUGGGGAGGCAGAGCCACUAACACCUGCAGGGUACAGCCUGACACCCAAUGGGAUGACAGAGUUGCAGGAUGAUAUGGGAUACAUGGAAGGGCACACGCCAGAUGAGGGCAAGACUCAAGAGUCGGCAGUGAGCAGCUUCUACCUAGAUAUACAGCCCUCCCCAGACCAGUCUGGCUUGGAUGUUAAUGGCAUCAAACCAGAGCCUCUGUGUGACUACACCCCGGCCUCGUCCUUCUUCCCAUACUGCUCAUUCACUAAUGGAGAGACUUCCCCAACUGUUUCUAUGGCAGAACUUGAACACCUCGCCCAAAACAUCUCUAAGUCCCACAUGGAAACCUGUCAGUAUUUACGUGAGGAGCUCCAGCAGAUAACAUGGCAGACCUUUCUCCAAGACGAGAUCGAAAGCUAUCAGAGCAAGCAGCGGGAGGUGAUGUGGCAACUUUGUGCAGUAAAGAUCACAGAGGCCAUACAAUAUGUGGUGGAAUUUGCCAAACGCAUUGAUGGAUUCAUGGAGCUGUGUCAGAAUGACCAGAUAGUGCUGCUGAAAGCAGGCUCCUUAGAAGUUGUUUUCAUCAGAAUGUGUCGUGCCUUUGAUUCACAGAACAACACCGUGUAUUUUGAUGGCAAAUAUGCAGGCAUGGAGGUCUUCAAAGCUCUAGGUUGUGAAGACUUCAUGAGCUUUGUGUUUGAGUUUGAGAAGAGUUUAUGUUCUCUGCACUUGACGGAAGAUGAGAUUGCUCUAUUCUCAGCCUUUGUGCUCAUGUCAGGAGAUCGGUCAUGGUUACAGGAGAAGAUAAAGAUUGAGAAACUCCAGCAGAAAAUCCAACUCGCACUGCAGCAUGUUCUCCAGAAGAACCAUCGUGAGGAUGGGAUCCUAACAAAGUUAAUAUGCAAAGUCUCCACCUUGCGUGCAUUGUGUGGGCGUCAUGCUGAGAAACUUAUGGCAUUUAAAGCAAUAUAUCCAGACAUUGUGAGACAUCACUUCCCUCCCCUCUACAAAGAACUCUUUACCUCUGAAUACGAGCCAGCCAUGCAACUGGAGGGAUAGAACAGCCUGAUGUUGACAUCUGGAAUACACAACACCGUCAUGAAAAUCUAGCUGUACACACCCAUGUGUAUGUGUACAUGGGAAAGAGGAACCAAGACACUUUACGCAAACCUGGGAGCUGGAGGAGAGUUAGAGGGGUGACAUGCACAGACAUUUGUCCUUGAUCUCUCACCCACCCAGGGUUAUUGUUUACAAGAGGUAAAGGAGAGAGUUUAAGGACCAAUCACAGGGCAGGCUGGUAAGAGAACCACACCUGCAUUUUUAACCAUGAGACUUCUGAGGUCUCUAGCAAUACAAGCAAAAUAAUAUUUAUAUAUAAAUAUAUGUAUUACAGGGUACGUGGGCAUGAACAUUUAUAUGGCUAAAGAGAUAUUGUUUAAAGUGUAGGGGCCGGAUGUAGCUUAUUCGGUCUGUUUUAAUAUGGCACUUUUUUGUUUUGCACCUUUUUAUUAAUUCCUACUGCUCUAUUUUCCCUUUGUUUAGUGAAAUGUGUGUUUAUUUGUUUGUUUAGUUUUUUUUGUACUUUUGGUGUGCACAUCAGGAAUUUGGUUAGUGAACAAAGCAAUAGAUUUUUGAGAGGGUGUUUGGGCGGUCACUGCUGCUGUUUUUUGAGUGAUUGGGUUGGCUGGUCCAGUUAAGCUGUUUACGAUUCCCAUAAGGUAUGGUACUGACUGGGUUUAAAUUGGUCAUAGCCAUGGGAAGUGUGAUCAGCCAGGUGUUUGGAUGAAUGAAGAUGUGUGCCACACUGCAGUGGGAUGGACAAAACACAUUUGCUAUUGCUUCAUUCUGUUCCAUUGUGUCAUCUAACAUGGUAAAGCCAGUCCCUUUUUGGAGUACCGCCCACUAUAUUUGUGAAUUAGGUCAACGUUUGUCACAAAUACUUUGUUUUUCAUACAAAACCUGUGCAAUACUUACUGCCUAAAAUCCACUAUCUGCAAUUAGGCUAAUAAAAAAUGUCAUUAAGCGCAUACAACAUCAGGAAGGAGGCGGUCUGAAUACUGACACCGGCAUACCGACAGGGGUGCUGGUGCAAAGUAACCCUAAUCCUAACCCUCCCUCCCUCCCUGCAGCCUAACCCUAAACCCCCUACAUUACAGCCUAACACUAACCCUCCCUCCCUGCAGCCUAACCCAAAUCCCCCCCUUCCCCCUUGCAGCCUAACCCUCCCUCUUUGCAGCCUAACCGUAAUCCUCCCACCACCCCCUGCAGCCUAACCCUUCCGGCAUACUUAUGUCUGGGAUUUUGGCUGUCAGGAUUCCAGGGAUGGCAUUCUGCCAGCUGUUGGGAUUCUGGCUCUGGUAUUCUGACCACCAGGAUCCCGUACGCCGGGAUGUCCGUAAUAGCUUAACAAAGAUCUAUACAAUGCAAUAUAUGGUGGUUCACAUAGAGAUAUAAAUGGUAAAUAGUGCUUACAAUCUAAAACUUUUGAGGAAGCCAUUUUUUCCAGUAUUCAGAAUACUCAGUCUAACUGUGCAAUUGUUUACCCAAGCAUCAUUAUUCCAGCAUUGGUUGAGUCAGUAUCAGCAACACUCAGCACUUACUAUAUAACUGGAUCCCAGGCAUAGAGAUAUAACACGCUGUGCAGCUGGUUCAGCCAGAGCCACGUUACAUCUCUGUCACUAGAGAUUCUGGACAAACAGGAUGGCGGUAACAAGCCAUGGUCGAAAUAACCCCUAGUCUUCAUGCGCAUGACUGACCAAAGCGGGAAAAUUACUUUAUUUCAACUAAAGGCAAAGACUUUCUUCUAAAACAUAUACAGUAUAUAUUGUAUGUCCAUGUACACAGAAUUCAGACAUGCUUUAUACUAUUUUUAGUAUUACGGACUUGUCAUUUGCCAGGUUGCUAGCGGGAUUCUUCCUUCUCUCUCCCAUCUUUUAUCCUGUCUCUCUCUUCCCUUGUCACAGGUCCUCUCUCUCUCUGCCUCUCCCCUCUUUCUCUGCCUCACCUCUAUAUCAUCUCUCUCUCCUUUGCCACCCUUGCCUCUUUUAUGAGCCUGAGGCUCCAGGCUUCCAUUCUGAGACUCUUGUCAGGAUGUCGGCCUUCUAAUGCUUUGAGCAAUGAAGGAAGGAAGCUAACAACAUUGUUCGGCAAUAGCAGUGGCAUUUGGAGCCGUGAGCAGGGGGAGAACGCCACUAUCCGGCUCCACUGCCUAGAUCAAUGGGCUGUCAGAAUUAUAUUAUACUUCUUUUUCUCAACUGUGUGGCCAAUGGUUAUCAUUCUUGUCGGAUCUAACAUUGUGAGCAUAUGGUGAUAGUUCUAGUGCUGGCUAAUAGAAGCUACCACCAUAUUAACCUGCUUGCCUCAUUCCAGUUUCUCAUAUGGAUUAUAAUGCCUACACAAUCUUUAUUUGUUCUGUGUUCACAUCUUCUUUUAUUGUUCAAAGAGCUUGUCAUAUUUUCAUUGUAGAAAAGAGCACUGUACUUUAGAAAUGAGAAACAUGGCUCGGUCCCUGAAUUUUAUGCAGUCUCUAUGCUCAGUAGAAUAAUGGAAGACAACAAUAAUAACAGUGCAUGAUGUUUAAAAGCAAUAAUCCUCCAUCUUGUGUGAAAUUACCUUUUGGGCAUAGAACAGACUGGACCUUAAUCAUUAUCCCCUUUGUGUAUCAAGGCAUAUACAACCUCUCUGGCCUCAGGACAUGCCUCUACAGACUAGGUCAAAGUGUAAAUGGCAAGCCCGACCUCCUUACAUUUUACAACCAAUAUAUAAAUCACUAGACUUGAGACCUCCCGUUGGAUAACCAACUGGACACAUUUACAUUAUACAGGUUUUAGUUGAUUGCAGCCCAUUGGUGGUGUAUCAAUAAAACAUGCCAGGUAUGUGGUGCAAACGUGGACCUCCAUCAUACUGCUCACCCUGAACCCAUUAUAUGGCACCAUUUUUCCAGUGAUUUCUUCAGAAAUAUGAUGUUUAAAGAAAUGACCCAAAAUAUUCUGCAUGCAAAAUAUUCAGCUGGCAGCUAUUGCUGGAAAUAUGGUUUGUGCCCAGAUGGCACAAAGUAUGAGUAUUCAGUGCAUGUAUCUGCCCAUGAAGAGUGCCCCUCGGAAAUUGCUCCGAUGUUCAGAUGCCACAGUUUUAGACAGUUGUACCUGCGUUUAAUUAGGGGGAGACCAUGUGUAAUCUAUAUGUGCUAGUAAUUAAGGAGAUGGGUUGGUAACUCUGCUUCUGAGUUAGUGUAAAGUCAAGCAGCAUUCUAUAUCCCAAGUACUGACUUAAUUUACUCCCACAACUGCACUUUUAUCUCCUGCUUUCUUCUUUGCUUGCCUUCUGCAUAGAUGCUGGAUACCAGGGAAUAACAAUGUUAGUCAUUUUGCAUAAUUUCCUUUAUUUGCAAACAAUUAAACCCGCUGUCUGGCCCAAUUUAGAUGACUGAAUUAGAGAUUUAUUUUCUUUGAAUAUAAUUCCACUUCACACAAGAAGACACAAAAUAAAAAAGGAGAUAUAUAAAAGGAAAAUACAUGCUAACUUUAAAUACACUUUGUGGCAGAAAAUAUGCACUAUAUUUACCUGAGAAAAUAAAUGGGUAUUCUGUACUGAUUCCAGUAGAGGGAGCAGCCGCUAACUCAGGGGUGGGCAAUUAUUUCAGAUGGGGGUCCACCAAACACUUUCCAGUGAAUAUUGGAGGGCUGCACCCCCCCCCCCCCCCCCCCAUUAUGGAACAGAUGUACUAAGACUUUCGCAUAUUUAUAAUGGGGACAGGCAAAAAUAAAUAUAAAUGUAUAAAAACCACUAUAAGCCAGUAAUUAAAAAAACAAAAAAAACAAAACCGUGCUGAAAACAAAGAAACAGCAUCCAGUAUUAUACUGUUAUCAAUAACAGUAUCAGCUCCUCUCUCUGCCUGGACAGUUCCCAUGCUCCCUGGGCAAAGUUACCAGCCCCCCCCCCCCCCCCUCCUCCCCUUCCUUCUCCCACCCAUGCUCCCUGGGCAAAGUUGCAAGCCCACCCCCUCCCACCCAUGCUCCCUGGGCAAAGUUACUAGCCCCCCCCCCUUCCUCCCAUGCUCCCUGGGCAAAGUUAUUAAUAGAACUAGUGCCACCUGUUCCGCUGUGUAUUCAAACUUUCCCUCCUUCUUGCUGUGUGCUGUGCUGCCCGCAUCCACGAUCUGGUCCGCCCCCAACACUGCCCACUGCACCACCCUCCUGUUGUAAUACUGGCAGGCUGACGUGACGCAUCACGUGAGACCCGCGACCAGGAUUUCCUCAGCGGCUUCGGCAGCUUCAGAGGUACUGUACUGUACUGGGCAGGAUCAGUUUGCGGGACGUAUUUUGCCCACCCCUACGCUAAUUAGCAAUAGAUCAGAGGUGCAGAGUCUGUAGGCUGGGAUUCCAGCCACAAUCCUUUUUUGAGGUUCCCGUAAGGACAGAUAUGCAAUGCAUUUUAUUGGGCCUAGCUAUCUCCUCUGGGGUCUUACUACCAUUAGGCCCCCAGAUUAUAAAAGGCUGAGCUCCUUUGUAUUAGAUAACCUGUGACUCUCCAUCUCUUAAACUACAAAUCCCAUUAUGGCCUGGCUGUCAGGGACUUGUAUUGCCACAAAACCUGGAGAGCCACGGUUGGAUACCUCUGCCUUGGACAAUGUUGCUAGCAACUUGAUGGUAUAUUAAUUUUAUGUCAUUCAGAUCCCUCUGUAAAAGUGUUUGUUUUGCAUCCUCAUUUUAUUUGGUGACACAAUGGCACUGAACGUACUCAUGUCUUCUGUGUUAAUUGUCCAGUCCCAAUAAGCUAUGUCCAGUUCAGUUUUGCAGGUGUGUGUCUGUCUGUGUGUAUGUUUUGGCUGCUUUAAGUGUUAAGAUGUGUAUAAUUAAAGUGGGAGUGGGAUACAAUGACAAUAUUUAAUACAAAGUCUGGACCACUUUAGAAAGCAUAAUAAUUGAAAAAGUCUAUUUUUUUAACCCUUGUAUAAAUAUUUAAAGGCACUUGAACUAUUCCUGCAAUAAAAAUGUGAUUUGUUUAGCGGUCAUAAUGAUAAACAGAUUUUUUUGUAAUGUGAAAAAAGUUACAAACUAAAUGAUUAUUGUAAAAAUUUUAUAAGGAAGAAAAACAAACAUUCAAAGGUAAAAUUUGUAUUUUCAAGAAAUGUCUCUGGAUAAAAAAAAAAAAAAAAAAAAGCAAAAAAGUUACAAAAAAAGUGUUUCAUUUUCUUAACUGUGCCAUAGCCAAAAUGUCACCUAGUUGUAUGCAGACAUUGUUAUAAUGGCGUUAAUAUUUUGGGUUGAUAUGCUGUAAUGGGUAUGCUGCAAUUAAUAAAAGGACUGAGUGUAAACAAAUUUAACUACAUCAGUUAUAAAGGUCUGGAAACGGUUAUCCAAAAUGCUUGGGACUUGGGGUUUUCUGGAUAAAGGGGUUUUCCAUUAUGGGAACUAAAAUGCUUAAAACAUCCUAACUUUUAGCAGAGCUCCUCGCAGUGACUUCAGGAGGCACUUGCUGAUUUUGCCUGCAUGUAGGACAUUAACGCCAAACCGCAGCACUUUACUGGAUAAAAGACCCCAGACCUACCUAUGUGUAAGCAGACAGACCAAACUUUAUGAAGAAUCUGAAAUCCCUCUGUAAAUAAAGUUUUCAACACUCCCAAACAAUAAUUUUGGGGAAGAGGGGUGGUGGCUAACAUGAACGUUCUCCCAUACUGACAUCCGAGAUAGGGUGGGCUGACCCCAUAGUGUUGGCCAAAGGUAGGAAUUUAAUGUGCGGGAAAUAUAAUUUUUAUUUUAAGCAGUUCUGAGUGGAGUUUGUAUUUUAACAUGAGUCCUAUCCACUCAGGUUUUUAUAAAUUGGUCACACUCAUCCUUUAUAUAUAUUGCUGCAUGUUCAUUGUGCAUUACCUGUUAUCUUAUGAUUUGUAUUUGCUUUAGAACAUUCCAUAGAUCUUUCUGUAAUUGUUUAUGAAUGACCAGUUUGUUUGCACUUUCCCCCCAUUCCUUCUAAUGUGCAAUAUGUAUAUAGAAAAUGUAAAAUAUAUAAAUACACCUUGCUCCCUCAGGGAAUUACUUAUCCAUCUCAUUAGGCUGUCAGAAACGGGCAGUUAUAUAUUCCUGCAAUUAAACUUCUUUGCAAAGGGAAAUAUGUUCAUUAUCCCCAAUGCACCCCUGAAAGCUCCACUCAGAGUAGUAUGUUUUGCCAGUGCUUACAGACUCGUAUCUUUUUCUUUUUUUGAAGGCCAAUUUUCAUAUUACCAAAACUAAUUACCCCACUAUAUAAAGUAGAAGUGGAAUUUGGAAGAGAAGUUGAGGCCAUCCUUGUGCUUGUACAGUGUAUUCCUGAUUGCAGUCUACCAGUCCUUUGUAAUGACCCUUGCUUGUAAUACUGGAUAGGAUGGCUACCUCUGUAAUGACUACUAUUCUUUACAUCAUUUUGGUGCCAGAGGGGAUUUCUCUGCCAUGCUUCUUAUUGUACAUAUAUAUAUAUAUAUAUAUUGAGGUGGAAGUUAUUUGCAUUGAUUUAGCUACACUAUAAUAAAAUAAAGGUACUAGAAUUUGUAAACCUAAGAGAACAUUCUCCUCUGUUGUAUGGCAUCAAUACAAUUAGCAAGUGUCCCUUCUGAUACAAACUGGUUAUCCUCAUUGCAAUUCAUCCAUCUGUCCUUUACAAAUCUGUAUAUUAACAGCUUCCGUAGUCCGGAUGAUCUCACAAUGUUUGAUACUAUUAUGUGUACUUGCUACGUAGCUGAUAAUCCAGUAACCUAUUCAUGAGUUAUUAGAAACUCAGAGGGGCGCCUUGCAGUUGCCUGUAUUGGGCUUACCCUGUCCCUGCAUCCUUACCUCAAAUACAGAUUUAAUUCUUGCAAGCUCCUGAAACUAUAUAAAUAUUUGAAUAAUAUUUAUUGGUUUGUACAUGUACUUCUGCAACAUUUUAUAAAUAUCUUAAUUGUUCUAGCUCCCUCUUUAUUUUUUUCACAGUCUUUUAUAACAGUCAGACAUACAGUAGUUAUCUAUUAUCAUAGCCCUUGAUUAUGUCAAGGUUCUGCUCUGCAUCAGAUGCAUUUACAUCCAAAACCCAAUCUGUGUUUAGCCAACGGCUAAAUUCUAUUAUGCUGGCAGUAUUUCUUGAAAACAUCCAAAAUGUAAGUAGGAGACUCAGAAUGAAAUGGAACACACUUGCAGGUGGUUCUGGAGCUCUGGGUAACAUUCACUACGAUUCACUACGAGGUGAAUGCAGUAGGAAUAGAUCUAAAAAUAUCAAUGUAUUAAUUGCUAGAAGGACACAGCACUGUCAGUACCAUUGUACUGAAUGUAAAUGCUGGAGAGACUUUGGAUGCAGCAGGCUAGAUAUUUGGGGCUGUUUUGCUUUACCAUUGGAGAUUUGCUACUGCUGUGUUUAUCUCCUCGGUACCCUGACAUAUGUUGGAAUUUCCAAUAUCAUUUUAGUCUCACAGCAUAAAACUUAUAAUAUACUAACUUUGAACACAAGCAAGGGUAUGGUAGUAGGUACAUCUCAUAUAUAGUUUGGAGCUUAUUAGAACUUAAUCUGUUCUAUAUGAAUCCUUGAUUUUGAGAGAUGCAGGUUUCCUAUGCAAAUGAGUCCUAUCUAAUGCUAUAUAAUAAUGUUACCGUAUGCCUUUAAGAACAUAAAUGGCAGAUAUCGUGAAAGCAAUGGUGGGCAUCUGGUGGUAUUGGGGUUGCCUGUGCUCCUCUUGACCAGUGCAAAUGCCUCUUUUUGAUACGACUAGCAAUUUUGAGAUCACAGAAUGCACCGUGCAUUUACAUACUUUAUGAAGCAGAUUAUGAGUGAUUGUACUGUAUAGUAUUUCUCACCAGCUUCACAACCUGAUAUAAGUUAACAUACAGCUUGGUCCAAAUGAAACCUUAACGCUGCUUCUCUAACAGUCUGACCUCGCAAUUUAAUCUGAUGUUUCUGUGAAAAGUUAUAGUCUUUGUGAGGCCCCCGAAAUAUGGGGUUGUCCUCUGAGAAAAAUAAACUUUUUCAGCUGCAUAACAAGUAUAGUAAGUACAAUGUCAAACAUCUGAGGUUCUAUCAUGGCAUUUAAACAAAGGAGGAGGAAUGAGUGCUCACAUAGAUCACCUGAAUUCUGGACAGAGUCUAGAACUAUACUCCCAAAUUUUUUUUUAUUUCUGGAUUUUGCAGUUAUGAGGCACAGACAGGAGACCACUAGGUAUUAGGAAUAUCCAGUAUUUCAAUAAAUGCCCCUGAUUCUGAAUUUCCCCCUUCUGACUGGAAUGUAGCACCCUCUCAUGAAGCCACUGAAAUGUACUGACAAUUAGCAGUGUUAAUGUUUUAACUAGUUAUGUUUUAUUGUUAAACCUUUUUUUUGUUCUUUGUUUUUGCCAGUUUUAUUUCCGCAUUUAAAAUCUAUUUCUGUCUGAAAAUAUAUCUAUAUAAAUAUGGAGAAAUAAAUCCACUCUGAGAGGUUAUUCAGCCAUAAAGAACUGAAUGUCGAAGCAAUAAA